AAGGAGAGUGGUUUGUUUUUAUCCCUGCACCCUCGCCUACUGUUUGUGGGAUAUUUGUGGUGCGGUAACCAUUCAUUUGUUGCUACUGGCCUGGGUUAGAGCUGUGGUUCAAGUGACAGCUGAUCCAUGCAGGCUGACCAGCCCUGUGAUAUAGUGUGGGCAUUCAGCACUAGGCAGCUGGCCAGUAGCUCCCAGGCAUUUCACCAGGCAUAAGAUAAACCCAGGGACUAAAGCACAUGGGACUAAAGCCGGUUAGAACAACAACUGAUUAUAGGCUCUUGGGGGAUGUACCGUAUUUUUUGAAGAGGAAAACAUGUUUUUAAAGUGGUAGAAACCAAGUGUGAUUUGGUAGAUGGUAUUGUCUACCCUGUGCAUAACUUGAAACAUUCCUUCUGAUUUGCCACAUCAUAUCCUGUCAAGAUGAUGAUGGAGAUUGAUGAACCAAAUGAAUUGCACCCUCCUCAGCCUGUGGCCAUGAAUGCGGAUGGCCAGAUGCCCGUGGUUAAGGAGGGCUAUUUAUUAAAAAGGGGAGAGCACAUUCGGAAUUGGAGGAAGCGCUACUUUAUUCUCCGAAAAGAUGGUUCCUUUUUUGGCUUCAGAGCUAAGCCAGACCAAAGACUAGCAGACCCAUUGAAUAAUUUUACAGUGAAAGGAUGUCAGCUUAUGAAGCAGGAGAAGCCGAAGCCAAAUACAUUUGUAAUCAGAGGUUUACAAUGGACAACUGUUGUAGAACGUAUGUUUAGUGUGGACUCCACAGAAGAAAGGGAAGAAUGGAUAGCAGCAAUCAAAUCAGUAGCAGAAAAUUUAGAAAUAAUCCAAGAUCAGGAUUACCAAUUCAAUCCAGAGAAAUUAUCCAAGAAGAAGAGCCUGGAGGAUUUUGAAUAUUUAAAAGUGCUAGGAAAAGGAACAUUUGGCAAAGUGAUCAUGUGCCGAGAGAAGUCCACGGGAAGCUUAUACGCCAUCAAAAUCCUGAAAAAAGCUGUUAUCAUACAGAAGGAUGAAGUAGCCCACACACUAACAGAAAGUAGAGUUUUACAAACAACAAGGCAUCCAUUUUUAACACAACUGAAGUAUUCAUUCCAAACAGCUGACCGCCUUUGCUUUGUCAUGGAAUAUGUCAAUGGUGGAGAAUUGUUUUUCCAUUUGUCCCGGGAAAGGGUAUUCUCUGAGGAUAGGACUCGAUUCUAUGGAGCAGAAAUCAUCUCAGCCUUAGGCUAUCUGCAUGAAAAUAAUGUUAUAUACAGAGAUCUUAAGCUGGAAAAUUUAUUACUUGACAAAGAUGGGCACAUUAAGAUAGCUGAUUUUGGACUGUGUAAGGAAGAGAUGUUCUUUGGGGCCAGCACAAAGACAUUUUGUGGUACACCUGAGUAUCUGGCACCAGAGGUUCUUGACGACAAUGACUACGGGAGAGCUGUGGACUGGUGGGGGACUGGGGUGGUCAUGUACGAGAUGAUGUGUGGCCGACUGCCAUUCUACAACAGAGACCAUGAGGUUCUGUUUGAGCUCAUUCUAUUGUCAGAAAUCAAAUUCCCUCGCACACUCUCAUCUGAUGCCAAAUCUAUGUUAAGUGGCCUUUUGGACAAAGAUCCCAAACUAAGGUUAGGAGGAGGGGAGAGUGAUGUCAAAGAAAUUAUGUCUCAUCCAUUCUUUUCCUGCAUUAACUGGACAGAUCUUUAUGAUAAGAAGAUACCGCCUCCGUUCAAGCCCCAGGUCACCUCGGAGACUGACACUCGCUACUUCGACCAAAUGUUCACCGGUGAGCCGGUCGAGUUGACGCCACCGGAUCAGCACCACCCCUUGGAAGUUAUCGACGAAGGCAUGGAGACAAAUCUGCCACACUUCGAACAGUUCUCGUACCACGGCAGCUCAAAAUGUCUAGCGGGAACGUCUCAGGCCAGCUAUGACUCCACCUGGUCCAUGACUAGUGUACCGGAAGCCGUAGAGGAUGAUAGCUAACUACACAAGCCAGGCUGUGUCUAGAUCAGUCAGAGCGCCAGCACCCAGCUUCCCUCUAAUAGUCUCUAGUGUGAUCUGCACUACAACAACAACAACAUCAGCAGCAGCAACAGCAGAAUGUCUGGUAACAACUUGUCUGCUCUACAUGCUACAUGCUCACAAGUGCUUCAGAUUUUAUUCUCAGAGUGUGUGAAUGUGACUGAAAACUGUGUGCUCAAUCCAAAGAAUGUGAAAUACAGGGGAAGUGGCUUUUAAAGCAGGACUAUUGGCCAAUACCCAUUGUGAGUGACCCAUAAUGUUCAGCUAUGUAGUGUGAUCAGGCCAGUUUUUUUUAGCAGUGUGUUCAGGGGGAUUACCCAGGAUUGAUUUUCUUACCAUGUCGCACAGAAGAUUGCAGUUUUGUUAUGGGCUCAGUGAUUUUGUUGGAUCAAGCCAGUUGUCAGUUGGUGAAAGUCAAGUUGGAUGGUGUGAAAACAAAGAACAUUCAAGCUUUAUGGACUAAGACAUCUUGGGUAGUUCACCCAUGAGAGAACUGCAAAUUUUUACACGUAGGUAAUUUCGUGAACCGUGCAAACGAAUUAGAGAACCAUUGGCAUAUGUCCACGGGAACAACGACAAUGCAUGUUAUGUCUGGUGCACAGUAGUGUGGUAGUAAGAAGUGUUUCUGUAUCUGGUGGUGGACUCUAAUUCGUGGUUGCUUCACAACUGCUUGUCUCUGUUGCCAAGGCGCCUGUUUAGACAUGUCCAUUUGAUGGUGCCUGUUGCAUAUGGUGUUUUUCUUACAGGUCUGUUUAAGAGAGCACUGGUUUUGGUGAAAGUUUCUUAAAAAUGUCCUGAAGUGCUGUGUAACUAAUUGGAAUAGGGUCUUUGCAGUGAAACGAAAAUUCAAGGACACUUUGACUCAGAGAGGUUUUGGCUUUUGACAAAAAUAGUGUUGGCUUCUCAGAGUUUGAUUUCAGUUGAAUUUGAAUGCUCAAGAGAGGAUGAUUUAAAGUGACCUUAAGCAUAGAAACACAGAAAACUUCUGAGUAAAAUAUGUUCAUGGUUUUGAAACAUACAUUUACAUGCAUGUUUGGCCAAAUUUGAUUUAUUAAGAGCAGUGUAAUUCAGGUAUUGCUUUUCAGUUGUGUAACUGUGGGUAAAGCUGUGGAUAAUAUAGUUUAUUUUUCUCCGUGCUGCCUAGGUUGAAUGAAAAUGCACUGGAUGAAUGAAAAUGAGUAAAAAAGAAAUGGCUUUAGUAUGAGGCAAAACUGUAGAUGAUAGCUUUACAUUUAGUGGCUUGACCCAAAUGUUACAUGUAAGACCACUGUUGAUGCAAUGUCACUUUGUUAUUUGAGGGGGGGGGGGGGGGGUUGUCAUGGGUAAACCUGAAAGAGGUAUAUGUAGCUCUGAAGUGAUAUAGUUGUACAUGUGUAAUGCAUAUGUGAUAGUAUACAAAAUGAACAUCUAAAAAGUACUUACACAAAAAACAGAUGUCUUUAAUGUUCAAGUCAAAUAACAUUAAAGACCACCACUUUUAAUAUAUACUUUACUCCUGUCAAGCAUUUUGAGCACGUAUCUGCUUUUCACGUCGACUGGUAUAAACUCCUAACUUACCCGUUCGGAUCAUUGAUCAUCGUAUUGUUUUGUCAAUGGGAUAUAAAUUUGAUGUGUAAAUAGUUGAUACAGUAUUUCUGUAUGUGGAUUUGUUUGGUGAAUCCAUACAGCAGCAUUGCCUUUGUCUUUGUUCCGUUAUGGCUACUGCAUGCACUCAUGUCUUGUGUACUGGUUAUGCCACACAAAUUUUUGUUUGAUGGGCAGAGUGAAUCUUUAUUCAUUGCCAUCAAGAAGGUAUACAAAUAAUGUGUAAAACCUGAAAAAUGAUAUAAUGUGAAGUGUUGA